AGCAAUCAAAUGGCGUUUGUAAAUUUUAGGUAUAUUUCUUUUAAUACAAAAUAUAGAAACAAAAAAGAAUUAUCACUGGAGGUAGCGAUUAGAAUUAAAUAAUAUUAUUUUACUCUCUCCCUUCCCCAAAAAGAAUUAAAUAUGUUGGUAUUAACUGUUUCUGACCACUUACCUACCACUUACGAGAGACAGGUGUUACAAAUUAGAUUUUUUUUUUUUUUAAUUUUUAUAAAUAAUCACUAGUUAAAGAUUGGGGAAGCAUCCAAACAGGGAAUCAAGGGCGUACAAGUGCACAAUUUAUGAGCUGUCAUUUCAGCGAGCUAAUUCUGUAGUUAUUUAUUUACAACCAUGCAAAAUUGUGUAAUAAAAAGAAACGUGAAUAUUAUUAAGUGAUCAUUUAAACAGUUAAAUAAUGAUUAUUGUUAUGACAGCGCCUCCUGUUUUUUUAUCUAAUUUUUUUUUAAUGGAUGUUUAACCUUAUGUUUUCGAGAUAGUGUAGUUAGUUUAGUCGGCGAAUUUGUAGUUCUAACAUCCGACGCAUGUAUAGCGAAACCUACCGCGAAAGAUAGUAGUGUCCUGCGUUUAUUCCAUCGGAAAACAUUUAUUAUUUCGUCUCAUAUGCUAGGGAAUAAUGAUGCUUCAUAUUAUUACAAAUUCAAAACUGACUCUCAACAGGAGUGAGUCGAUGGCCUCCUUGUGCUAUCGUAAUCUCUUAACUUACAUAACUGAAGAUGAUCUCCAAGGGUUGCGGUCCUACCUUGAAAAUAAGAGAGUACUGGUUGAUGACAAAGAUGAAAAUGGAGCCACCGCCCUACACUUUGCUGCAACUAAGGGCAAAGUACAUUUUGUCCGGGAGUUACUUAACCACAACGCAGACGUUAAUGCAGAAGAUCAGGAUAAUUGGACCCCAUUACUUUGUGCAGUCAAAGAGGGUCAUCUUGAUGUUUGUCAAGAAUUAGUUGAUAGAGAUGCAAAUAUAGAACACCGGGAUAUGGGAGGCUGGUCUGCACUCAUGUGGGCUUCUUAUCGUGGUCACACUGAUCUUGCUCUCAUGCUUCUUGAAAGAGGCGCAGAUGUAAAUGCCCAUGGAAACUAUCAUAUCUCCUCUUUGUUGUGGGCAUCUGGAAGGGGUCAUGUAGAAAUAGCAAAAGCACUCCUUGCUGCUGGUGCUAAAGUUAAUGUUGGCGACAAGUAUGGUACUACAGCAUUAGUAUGGGCUUCAAGGAAAGGGAGUAAAGAUAUUGUUGAUGCACUUCUCAAGUACGGUGCCAACGUAGACACAGCUGGGAUGCAUUCUUGGACUCCUCUUCUGGUUGCAACAAUGGGAAACCAUGUAGAUGUGGUUAUGAUGCUUCUUGAGCUAAGACCAAAUGUGAAUGCUAUGGAUAAGGACGGUUUUACUGCUUUGACAAUAGCCUGCAAAGAGGGUUAUUCAGAAAUAGCAGCGGCUCUUAUUGCAGCUGGAGCUUACAUCAAUAUACAAGACAGAGGAGGAGAUACCAACCUAAUUCAUGCUGUCAGAGGUGGUCACAGGAGUGUCAUUGAUGCUCUUUUAAAGAAAUAUGCCGAUGUUGACAUUCCAGGAAAAGAGAGAAAGACUGCUGUAUAUUCUGCUGUUGAAAAAGGAAAUAUCCCAGUCCUUAAGAUGUUGCUUGCUGCUAAUCCUGAUCUGGAAAUCGCUACUAAGGAUGGUGAUACCCCAUUGCUCAAGGCAGUAAGAUCAAGAAAUGUUGAAGCAGUUCAGUUGCUUUUGGAACGUAGAGCAAAGGUGUCAGCUGCAGAUAAGUGGGGUGAUACUGCUUUGCACAUUGCUAUGAGAGCCCGUUCUAAAGCAAUUGUGGAGGUACUUUUGAGAAAUCCAAAAAAUUCACAACUUCUUUACAGACCAAAUAGAGCUGGUGAAACUCCUUAUAACAUAGAUAUAGGUCAUGCUAAAACAAUAUUAGGACAAAUCUUUGGUGCUCGUCGUCUGAAUACUAAUGAAGAUAAUGAAAAUUUACUUGGCUAUGAUUUAUACAGUGCUGCUCUUGCUGAUAUGCUUAGUGAACCCUCCCUCUCAAUGCCUAUCACAGUUGGUUUAUAUGCUAAAUGGGGUUCUGGAAAGUCAUUUUUGUUAGGAAAAUUAAGAGAGGAAAUGAAGAGCUUUGCUCGCCAGUGGACUGAACCAUUGCUUCAAUUUUCAUGGGUUCUUUUGGUAUUAUUGGGUCAUAUUUGGGUUGUAACUGGCUUAGCUCUUGGUCUUGUUACCAAAUCAUGGACUGUUGGUAUUCUUGUUACCAUCAUUCUUUGUUUGCUUUCAUACAUCUUUCUUAUUUUGCUGUGGUAUUCUAGUCAGAAAUAUAGUUGGGAUUUUCCAUACAACCUCAGUGUAAAUCUUACAUCUCGUAUGAAUGCUGUUAGAUUAAUUCUUCAAGUUAUGUUCUGCCACCCACCAGGUGCCCAGUGGUCAGAUGGUGUGGCAGCAUUACCUCUAAGGUUUUAUUUCACUGAGCAGACAAGAGUAGGUACUACUACAGCUGGAGAAAGCUCUGUGGUGCAAAUGAUUGGCUCAUUAUAUGAUGCUAUUGAAUCAGAUUAUGGUGUCUUCUCUACCCGUCUAUAUAGAGCAUUCAGGCCAAAACCAAUUAAGUCUACUAGCUCUUGGAGAUGGAGGCGUCUAUGUUGCCUUCCCAACUUCCUUAUAUUUGAACUAUGUUUCAUAGCUAUCCUAGUAUUGAUUGGAGUAACAGUGAUCUACAUCGAAGAACUGUAUCUUCCUGACAAUCAAGUUUCUAUUGAUCGAACAACUGUUAAAGUAAUUUUGUCUCUUACUAUUGGUUUGGUUGGAGUCAGCAUCACAGCAAAUAUUUAUACUAUUGGACGAAUUUUCAAAUCCAUUUUUCAAUCUCAUCGCAAACAAUUGCAAAGUGCUAUUGCUUCUCUUGAAACUGUAAAAUCUGAAGGAUUUCUACAGGCUUUAAAAAAGGAGGUGAAUCUCAUGACAGAAAUGGUUAAAUGCUUAGAUGCUUUUACUGGGCAACAAACAAGGCUAGUGGUAAUUGUAGAUGGUUUGGAUAGCUGUGAACAAGAUAAAGUACUCUUGAUUUUAGAUGCAGUCCAUGUUUUAUUUUCUGGUACCAAUAAUAUUCCUUUUAUCAUCAUUCUUGCUAUUGAUCCACAUAUUAUUUCCAAGGCCGUCGAAGUGAAUAGUCGCAGGCUCCUGAGUGAAUCUAAUAUUGGUGGUCAUGAUUUUCUUAGAAAUUUGGUACAUCUUCCAUUUUAUCUUCAGAAUUCAGGUCUCCGUAAAGUGAAAACUGCCCAGAAAGCUGCGAUGAGAAAGGGUUUUGAUGUGUCAUCCACAGACCUGACUGUUGUGCAGACAAGGAGAAGUUCAAAUGAUGUCUCUCAAGGAGCUGAAAAACUCAAAGUACCUGCAGGGGGUAGUGGAAGUAGAAAAUUGUCAAGAAAACUCAAAAUGAGUGAAAGCAUUGCCUCUUCACUCGGUUCCAACUUAAAUAGAGCUGGUGGUCCACAAGAUCUUACAAAAAUGCUGCUUACUGAUGACUAUUUUUCAGAUGUCAACCCCAGAUCUAUGAGGAGGCUUAUGAAUGUUGUUUAUGUAACAGGUAGGUUACUGAAAGCCUUCCAAAUGGAUUUCAAUUGGUAUCAUCUUGCAAGUUGGAUAAAUAUUACUGAGCAGUGGCCGUACAGAACUUCUUGGAUUAUCCAUUACACAGAAUCGGCUGAAGAACCAGUAGAUGAUGGAGUAUCUCUUAAAGUCCUUUAUGACAAAAUUAGAGAAGAAAUACCUAUAUCAAAAGAAAUGGAACCUCUCCUUGAUCUUGAUCGAGAUGAAAGAAAACUUGAUGUAUUUUUAGCAUACCACAGAUCUUCAUUGUUGGUCGCAGAUCUUAGAAUAUUUUUGCCAUUUACAAUCAACCUUGACCCAUACAUCAAAAAAGUCAUUAAAGAUGAAAAGCAGAAUGCAGAGGAAACUCUGGCCAUGACUGGCUUUGGUAUGACUAGGAUUCCUGCUGUUCCUGCUGGGUGGGAUGGUUGGGCAACACCUAGCCCUGCCCCCAGAACAGCAACUUCAUUGAGGAAGCAGAGAUCUCUUGUUCGAGAGGGAUCUAUUGAUUCAGACAAACUAAGAAGUUUUUAUCCUCUAAGAAGUUCUCAAAUUGUGACUCCACCACCCCCACAGCCUUGGCCUCAGGCUCCUUGGAUGACACCAGCACCGAUGGUUGCACCACAACCCAUCGUCUCACAGCCUGUUCAGCCACAGCCUCCAAUACAGUUGCCAAUGGAGCUAAAUGAUUUAAAACUAAGUUCUUUGAAUGUGAAUGGUGUAUGCCAGCUCCUUUCCAAAGUUCCUGAUAUCUCUCAGUCGAAUGUUUCUCAUUACAUAUCACAGGUCACAAAACAUAAUAUUACUGGAAAGGUCUUGAAGAAUUGUGAUCUAGAUGAGCUUAAAAGGGUUUUAAAAAUGAACUUUGGUGACUGGGAAAUUUUUAGAAUGGUUUUAUCUGCUUUGAGACUUACUGAUGACUCAGCUACGAAUUCUAGAUUUAGAUAUGGCUCGAGCCCUCCCAGUCCUCAGCAGGCACCUAUAAACUCUUCAACUGGAAAUAGCGUUAGUGCUUCUAACAAAGACUUAAGGACUAGUUCUGGUGCUCAGGAUGAGGCAGUUAGAUCCAGUAAAGAGCGGAUAAAUUCCAUGGAAAAACAGGUGACUUUAGAAGAUCAAAUGAUUUGUGGUGCUCUUCAAACCUUAAAUGAAGAAGCUUGUGAGGAUGUGUUAGAUGAAGGUGUUGAAAAUGAUUCAGGUAACUUGAUGUCCUUUGGAGAUAUAAAUAGGACACCUAGUCAGUCCAGUUUUUACAGUUCAAAUCGGGAUGAGACUGACGUCAUAAUACUUCAGAAUUCUUCUUCUUCUCGCUGGUCUACCAAUAUUCCAGUUGAUGAUGAGAGUUCCGCUGGAAGUUCUCCAGAAACACCUAGAGCUUCAAGGAGGAGUGUAUCUGAGGUCAUUGUUGGUUAUGAUGGAUUUCAAAAAUAAAUUUUUCUCAAUAGUUUUAAAUAAAUAUGAUGCUUUAUGUAUAUUUAUCUCCUAAAAUUACAUUUAUUUAAAAUAAUAUUGCUGAAAUUUAGUAUACUAUUAGUCGAAUAAUGUUAUCAGUAAAUCACUUUAACAAUAGGUAUUAAUUAACUAAAUCUCAAAACAGUUAAAGAGUCAAAAAUUAUUUUUCAUUAAAAAUACUUAAAGUCAUAAGAUUAUUUAUUAAUGAAAACAAACAAUUUAUAGCUUUGUGGAAACUUUCUUUUAAAAACUUUCUGUCAUAAAAUUCUACCCUCUUUAUUUUAUUUCCUGGUUCCACAAAUCUUAUUCACUUUCAAGAGCUUCACACUGUUCAACAUGAUUUGAAGGAAUUUGAUGGUCUUCUAGAAAAAUAAUGCUGCUUGAUUGAUUUGAAAGUGUAUUUGCACAUGAGGGACGGAAUGCUGAAGCUAUCUAUAGCCCAAUAGCCCAACUAUGGCCUUUACAAAAUAUCCUCAAACUGCUUUACCACUGAAAAAUUGAGGACCUGACUGUGAAUAACUGUGAACAAUCCAAGGUGGCCUAGUAACACAUAAAAUCAAAACUUAAUGGUGGCCAUAGCUUCUUUUCACUCAUAUAAUUCUUCAAGUAAUUACUCAAUUAGAAUCCUUAUAGAACAAGUACAAAGUUUUAUUAUUGAGAUUUAAUUUUGUAUAGCUUUUUCAGAAGCCAUACAUUUUCAUAGUGAGGGUAACAGAUUCUACCAGGUACCGGGUAAUUACACAGUUUAGACAUUUUUGAGUACCGGGUAAUAAGAUAAUUUAAACUCUGAGUACUUGGGCAUGUCCAUCAAUCUCUGUUAGUAAAUACAACUUCGUAAAAGUUGUAAGAUUUAAAUACUUAUGAUGAAUAGUGAUUGGAGAUAAUGACAUGAAUCAGGAAAUGAUGUAAAGACUUGUUGCCGAGAAUAGAUGCUAUUAUGGUCUCCUGAAGCAUAUGAAAAGCUGUUCACUACCUUCAUCUACAAAACUGCUCCUAUACGAAGUACUCAUAUGAUUGGUUCUGACAUAAGAUCUCAAAAGUAAAUGAUGACAAUAAUCAGUGAGAGGUACUUACUAGUUGGAAAGAAAGAUACUUAAAAAAAUAUAUAGCUUAUUCAAAAAGAAUAAUGAAUCAAUGAUAAGGCAUAAUUACAAAUUAGCCAACUUAUCUUAGGCGACAGAUGUGGUUUUACAUAUCCAAAUAGAAGGAAGGAUACAAUUAGGCAGGCUGCAUUAAAUGAAUGACAGAUACUUCUACCUCUAAGAAAUUGCUCAGCAUGAAAUCAGAUGAAAAAAGAAACAUGGAAACAUUCCGAUAUCUUCUAAAUUAAUUAAAUUUUUAACAUCAAAAAAAGGUUACUGUUUGUAUAGUCCUUUAUUCUUUAAUAAAUGGUAAUCAUCGAAUUAGUUGGAGAACUUAGACAUCUGUAAAUAAUACCUGAGGAAAUAUGUCACACCAGUUUUCAGAUUUAUUUGUUUAUUUAUCAUGAUUAUGACCAAAGUACUUGUGCCAAUUGAUCAUAAAAAAAUCCUUCAUCUACAUGUAGGAGACAUUCAAAAUUUAUUCCUAGGAGUGAGUCUUGAACCAUUGAAACAUAAACAGUAUCGUUUAAAAUUUUUAUGAAUUAGCAGAAAUCUUUAAUAGUGUGGCAAUGUGAAAACUUCAAAAUUAUUGAAAUAUCUUUCAUUGGCUGUUUUCAUUUAUAAUUUGUAAGUUUUAAGGAAAACAAUGCAUGAAGAGGUCACGAUGAUGAGCAAGCCAAGUUUGCUAUAUUUUAAGAAAGUCAAUUGUUAUGCAAAUAUCCUUAAAUGAGAAAUAUUUAUUGUAUUUAUAUAUGAUUUAGGUGCAAUGCAAUUAAAUUAUAUAGGAAUGGUCGUCAAAUAUCAAUGAUAGAAAUCUGUCAUUUCUAAGAAGUUGAGAAAAAGCCAAUUUUUUGUAACAUGCCUUCAAUUUAAACCAAUUCUAAUGAUUUAUUUUCAUGAUUCAACUUGUACAUUCUUAAAUAAAUUCAUCAUAAACAGUUUGAGUUGAAUCUAUAAAACAAAAAUGGAUUUUUUAUCCACUUUCUGAAAAUUACAGAUGUCCGUUUUCUAUAUGAAGCCAUUUAUAUAUGAGCCUUUCAAUUGACAGAAUGACUAACUCCAAUUUCAACAUGUUUUAUUACUAAUUUUAGUGAUAUUUCUAAUGUGAAAAUUUAUACCAUUAUUCACAGUUCCAUGUUUCAACACUGCAAUCACUUACUCUGGAAUGAACUUACUCACUGUCUGUACAGAUAUUAUAAAUUUUCCAACUAGAAAUAUCACCAAAAUGGCUUUACUGUAAAAUGUUGGAAUUGGAGUUAGUCAUUCUGUCAACUGAAAGACUCAUAGGUGUAGUGUAAAUUUAUUAUUUAAUUACUUUCACUUUCUUGAAUGAAAGCAAAGAUGGCUUACAUCACUAUCAUUCAAACCUCUCUUAUAAAUUGUCCUUUCUAUUUACUUAAAAAAAUCUCAUGGUAAAUAAAUAAAUUACAAUAUGGAAAUAAUAGAUGUCUUUUUAACAGUUUUGAGUAUUAUUUAUUUUGCUCUAAUAAAAAUUAAUUUUCACAAUCAAUAUUUCUUCAUUUAACUAUGAAAAUAUUUUAAGUUCAUAAAGAUGAAUCCUUCUUAUGAAUGAAAUUUUAAAAGUACUAACCAGAUUACAACAUUUAAGGAAUUAUGCCCUCGGGCAGUGGAAGGGCCUUGUUCUUUGUAUAUAUUUGUAUUUGUUAUACUUAUUUAUGUAAUUAUAAUUAAAUAAACAUUUUGGGAAGUUGAAAAAAAAUAUAUAUAUAUAUACUUCAUUGAAAUUGACGUGAACUAUUGUAUAACAAUUUUGCUGAUAAUUAUAAAAAUAGUAAUUUUUAUAUUAGUAAAAUAUUAUCACUAUUUAUAUUUUAUGAAAAAAAGAUAAACAAUACUUGGUCACCAGUCAUUAUUUUCACAAUAGAUUAUUUACGAUUAUAGAUAUUUUUUUCUUUAAAUCUUAUUUAGUUUUAUGACUAUUGAAGUUGGAUUAUAUAUCUUUAUUUUUUACAUUUUUCAUUUUUAUCUCUCUGUCAGUGCUGUUUAGGUAUUAUCACUCUUGUUAUUUAUUACUUUCAUCUUCUUUGCAGGGGUUACACUUUUUUUUUACUAAUUUCAUUCAUUAUUUAAUAUUAAAAUUUGAAUAUGAACUUUUUUUGGAAUCCCGUCUUCAUCAACCUAUUUUAUUAAAAUGUAUCAAUCAAGCAAUAUUUUUUUGAGCUGACUGAUGGAAUUAUUCCAUGCAUAGGAUAGUAAUAAUGAAAGAGGAUUUACUUAAAAGGAAAAAUUAAACAACAAAAUUUUACUUGUAUAGGAGACCUAUUUAUUGAAAAAAAAAAAGUCUACAGUUUACAAAAAAAAAAAAAAAUAGAUUUAUGAACUAAUUAAUUAUAUUAAAUUUUCAGUAAAAAUAAAAUCAGAUUUUUAGAUUCUAAUUACAAUUUAGUAAUUUUGUUGAUAUUUAUAUUGGAUCAAUAGAGAGAAUCCUCUGUGGUUACUAAAAACUUUAGAGAAAUCUCUCUCCUCUUUUUCCCUGCUUAUACAAAAUCCUAUCUGUUAUUCUCCUUAAAAGACUUUUCUCAUAGAGGCUGAUUUUGAAUUCAGUAUGGAUUUUGUAAAGGAUAGUUUACUUUAAUUCUUUACAAUUAAUAUUAAUUGUAGUUUUAUAUACAUAUAUAUUUGUAUAUGCAGGAAACAAGAGAGAUUUUCCCUAAAGUUGAUAGUAAUUACAUAGGAAUUUCUCUAUUGAUUCAAUCUCUAUAGCUGUCAAUAGUUCUCCUUCCUAAUUAUGGGUGAAAUUAUAGUUGUUUUUUUUUCAUCCACUCGGUAAUAGUUUCUAUUCUCUAUGUAGAACCAUUAGAAACUUCUGAAGAAAGUUCGUUAUUUCAUUCUCAGUUUACUUGAACAGUUCUACUGGAAUAUUUUUGAUUCUUGGGGCCUUGUUAUUUUUCAAUUUCCUUAUCACAUCUGUUGUUUUCUCUUCAAUAGGUUCAGUAGAAUUCACAUUGUCUAUUUCUCAUGAAUUGAGAGCAGGAUAUAGAUUUAUUUGUCAAUCACUAUUUGAUAUUUCUUCAAAAUGGUCUGGCCAACACCUUCCUAUGUGCUUCAACAGCCAUCUUUAUCCUGCUAGUAUAGUUUAGAGGUUUAAAUGUCUGAUGGCUUUCAUUGUUCAUAUGAAAAAAAAGCUCCAGCUAUUCUCAUAUCUGUUGGCAUUCUCCCACCAUAUGUUAGGAUGGAUUUUACAUUCCAUUUGCACAUUUAAGUUUAUUUUUUUCUAAUGCUUAUGGUAUUCCUCUGAAAAUAUUCUUAUUUACUUUUUUGAAUCUUUGUUCUAUAAGCUUGAUUUUUCUUUAGUUUAAUAUCUUUCAUUUCUCAUUGAACUAAGAAUUAUUUUUUUCACAUUUCUUUAAUCCCAUUAAUCAUCUUCCCAGUUUUAGUAAUUUCUGCUUAGCAUUCUUCCUACUUAUUGUCAAAUGUUCUAUCUUGGUUAAUACUCAUAAUUUUGGCAUUAAUGGAUUCAGUUAGCAAAGUACAGACUGCGUCAUCUUGGAGCUUUAAGAUAUCAGAUCUUGAUAUGGAUGUUGCAUGUUGCCUUCUAGCUUUAGAGAUUUGGGAUAUAAUUUUAGCAAUGAUGAGAAAGUGUUGGGAAUUUACAUUAGCUCCUUGGUAUGAUCCCAACAUACUUCAUAUUAUUUUUUCCUAAAUGAUAUAUGAAAGGCUGGAAACAGACUGGAAAGUGGCUGGUCAUGAAUACCAGUAUUGUCUCCAAGUCAAGUUUAUAAAAGGAAAUUUAAAUAGGUGCGCUCUGAAGGCUAUUCUACUCUAAUAUCAGUACUAGAAUUACAAACAGGCCUCUUGAGACACACCGGGAGCAACUGGCCAUUACGCUCUAUGAAAGGCUAAAAUGUCUUAAGAUCAACUACUAAGGUAACUAUGAACCUGCACCUGAAUGCCUUAAAACACAAGUUACUAUUACUAAGACAGUAGAAGGUUUGAUACAAAGAAAAGGACUAGAACUAGCUGAAAGGGAGCCUCUCACAACAUUGACACAAGUUCCAUACACGUUCUGCUUCAGAACGUUUCUAAGGGCUCAUCACCAAUUUACCAACUAAAGGCUAUAACCCUAGAAACUAUCGGAAAACAAUUCUCAGAAACAGAAUGGCUGCAUGUAUAUACUCAUGGUUCUGCAGUGGAAACACACAAACAUGCCGGAGUUGGAGUUUAUUCAAAGGAGUUUCAACUUGCCAACCCAGUUGGAAAGGUAGCCACAAACCUUGAAGGGGAAGUGAAAGCCAUUCUCUUAGGCCUUGAGAGAUUGGUUUAACGGAAAGACAAGAAAGUUGCUUCCUUUGUCGACUCCCAGGCAGCCAUUUUGUCUCUCCAAAAUGGAUAUAAUAUGAAUCCAAAUGUCCUUAAAUGCCAUCUGUAUUUGGAGUGAUUAAAGGAAAAUGGGACAGAAGUCCCUUCCCAUUGGAUACCAGAACGUUGUGGGCUCCAUAGAAAUGUGAAGCUGACAAACUGGCCAGAAUAGGUUCUGGAAUGAUUCAACCAGAUAUUCCUCUGGGCAUGGAAAAUAAGUAAAAUAAUAAUAAAACAGACCCUCCAAAGUUCACUGAAGGAGAAAUAUAUGCAAAAAAUUGACGGGAAGCGAUGGAGUGGAUUGCUUGAAGAAAGUGGCAGGAUCCCGAGAGACCUCCCUAGUAGACAUGCUUUAGAAUGCUCACAGGGCACAAUUUCCUGCAAAAGCACUUCCAUCGCAUCGGCAUAAAAAAUAGCCCGACAUGUCCUCUGUGCUCCUUGGAUAUUAUGACAGGAGAACAUCUUGAUACAUGCCUUCCUGCAUUACAGGACAUAAGAUGUUCCUUUAGUGAAAUGGACAGCCAUUAUGCUAGGAGACCAAAAUUAUAUUAGACUGCAAUAUUAUGCAUGGCUGAUCAUGCAGACGUUACCUAGGCAUAAGAAAAAAAAAAUGAUGUUCCUUAAUUUAUAAUUCAUUAUUUAUGCCAUAUUAGUACCAGUUUAUUUUUAGGCUUCCACAAGUUUGUGGUCUUGUGUUCCUCACAAAAGUUAUCUACUCUUCCAUAAUUUUUAUUAAUUUCUAGUUACAACUAUUUUACCUUCUUUUUCAUUUUAAUGUUACUGCAUGAUUACAACACUUAAACUAUUAAGAGAGUGAGGUUUUUUUUUUAUUAUUUUUUUUUUUUAUAUGUAUACAUUACAGCAUGUCGUACUGAUAAGUUACAUGUUUAUGGUUAGGGGUGGUUAACGUCUACUGUUAUCAUCCAAUAUAAAUAUCCACUUUUCAUCAUAGUAACAAUUUUGGACAGAAAAUGGUCGUUUCUUUUUGAAAAAGAAGUGUAGCUCAAACUUCAUGUUUUUGUUUUUUUUUUGUUUUGUUGGCAGUUGUUUAAUGUGGAACCCAACUUUCAAGCUUUUUUACUUUUCUAAUCACCUUGAGGUGGUCAUCAACAGUCGAUUUGCUGAAGUUAAGUUUCCUUACAAGUUCUCAAAUAGUUGCUCUGGGGUUUUCUUCCACCAAAGCCAUAGUAAUCAAGAGAGAAAGUCCUUCCACAACCUUCUUUGUCUUCAAGGCUGAAGUCUCUCUCCCUAAAGUUUUUGAACUACUGUUUAACAGUGUACUCAUUAAUGCUGCUCUCAACUUGAUUGAUGUUUCUGGCUGUCUGGGCUCCAUUUCGGCUGAGUUUAAACUUGUAAAACAAAAUUAUACGAAAAUUAUGCGUAGACUUCUUAGUAAAGACUGAAUUAUUUCUAAGCAGCAAAAUGCUACAGAGGUAAACAAACAUUAUCAUUUGGAAGAGGAUUAAUAAGUGUUGACAUUCAUGCAAAUGAAUAAUCUAGUGAACGUAAACAGUUUGUUAUAUAGAGGGGUAUUUUAAAGAAAACUCAAAAUUCUGCAUUAUUUUCCAGACAACCCAAAAUUUCGACAAAUUUGUAAAAGUUUUUAUAUUUUUAAAUUGAUUUGUAUGUAUAUUUGUAUAUAAGAAUAUGUUUAUCAAGGAUUUUCUUUUUCCAUUUAUUUCUACCUCUUUUGCUCAUAGUUUUUGAUAUCCUCAAUUGUUUUAUUUCAAUCUUUUCAUAAAAUAUUUUUUAGUUAAUAAUAAAUUCCAUAAAGCAAUGAGAAAGAAUAACUAGACUCUGACCGAUUUAUAUAAUUAUGAGUUAUUUUCGUUUUGUUUUUAUCUCAGAACAAAGAUUUGAAAAAGUGUAGGUGUUGUUCUGUCUAGCAAUAAACAACUAAGAAGCCUUAGUGAAUUAGAAAGAUUUUCGACUGCCAGUUUUUCUUCAGCAAAGUGAAUUAUAUUCCCAGAGUGGGUACGCUGGUAAACAUUACAAUUUCUUUCAUUUAUACUUUUCUUUUCAUUGAAAAAUUUAAGCUAUUAAAAAUAAAGAUGUUGAUUUGAUUCCUAGGACUAUAGAGAAUGUUUUGGAAGAAAAAUAAUUUGUCAUGUCCACAGAAACUCAUACUUGUGAAGAGAUUUAAAUAUCUUAUAAGAUAAAUUAAAGUUUUUACAAAUUUGUAUGCUCAAUCGCCUAAUUGUUUGUUGGUCUUUUAUUUUUUGUAGGAUUGCUAUGCCACAAUUUCAUUCUACUUUUGUAUGCCACCAAGAAUUUUUUUUAUUUUUUUAUUUAGCAGAAAUGCCUUUCUAUUUUGUAAUAGGUAUUUCACUUUAACUAGAAAUCAUUCCAUUGAAUGACAUAUAGUCUUCUUUAUUUUCUUCUUGGAUUGAAUCAAUAGUUUUUUUGUUUUUUUUUCUAAAAACAUUAACUUGGUUAUUGUUAUGGAUACUUAAAGGGGUUCUUAAAGUGUGAGUCUGGAAUUAGUUUAUAAUUGCAUCAUGUCAGAUCUAGAUUUUAUAAAUUUUAAUAAUUCAUAAUAAUAUUUUGCCCCCUUAUAGUAUUAAAAAAAUUUCUUUAUUUAAUUAUUUAUAUUCAGAGUUGAAUAUUUCUGUUGACUGUUUUUUUUUUAAAUUUUUUUUUGUUGAAAUUAUGUGGAUAAUCAGUUUGAAUAAUCAGGUUUUCAUUCAAGAUUUGUUUUAAUUUGUUUUCCAAUGUUUGAUUCAAAUAUGAAAGUCGUCAUCAGGGCAAUAAUUACUGUCAAAUCUAGCACUUAGUUACUGAAUAGUCAUUUCUUGAUGCUGGACUAGAUCAUUGCCCUAAUGAUGACCCACAGGUUAGGAACUUCGGCAAACUGAAUAAAACAGAUCUUGACUGAACAUCCUGAUGAAUCUAGACUGAUUAUCCUGAAAUUCCAUCUUUGAUUUUUUUUCAAACGUUUUAUUUCUCAAAAUCAUUUUUUGACCAAGAAUUUAAAAAUAUAAUUCAAAAAGUUUGUCUUAAAAAAAGAAGUUUAUAUUACUUAUGCAUCAUCAAAAGAUGUGUGUUAUAUAAAGAUAUGAAUACAUUGUAUUGUAAUUUUACAAUAAAAUGUAUCACUUCUCACCAAAUAUUUCAAGAUCUCAUCAAUUAACUCAUUUCUAAAAUAUAAAUUUAAAAAAUCAUUGUAUUUCAAUGGACACACAAAGUUUUAGUUAAAAUAAAAUUAAACAAGACACAAUAAAUUAAAUUACACCAUUAGGCGUUGAAUAAAUCAACAAGUCCAGGAGUGUUCUUGUUUUUGCCUGAAAAGUAUUAAUUAUGGAUUCAUCAUCAUUGGUGAAAAAAAAAUGUAAGACAAGACAUACAAUGUUUUGACUCUAACAAAUAACAGAUUUUCUAUUGGACUAUGACAUAGUAUUUCUCUUAUUAUUUACCACAUAGAUAAGGACUGAUGUUACAUUUUUACUUUCUUCUCACACAAAAUCAAAACAACUAUAUUGUCCACAAUAAUAAAUUAAAAUAUGUUUAUAAAAAAAAAAUGGACUUACCUUGGUCUUGCAUGAAGGUCCUCAACAUUAGUAGUGAUUGCCUGAUAUAUGAAAGGACAUUAGACUUUUUUUAGUACAUAUUUAUACCAUACCUUCUUUACUUAAUGAAGGUCAUAUAAAAUUGUGAAAUGUUACUUUCAUGUUUAUGUCAAUUUUAUUACAAUGUUAGUAUUUGUCAUAACAGGUGAUGUCAGUUUCUUACUAUCUUUGUUCCACUUUUUAAGAUUGUAGGAUUAUGAUCCUUAAUUCAUGUAGAUAACCCUGAAAAAAAAGAUCAUAAUUUUUUUUUUAAAUCCUCAGAGUUGCUGAGAAUCACCUCCUUGUCUCUAUAAUUCAUAUUAAACCGUGCUACCCACUUUUCAGGGGAGACUGUAAUUGUUUAAUUAAAUAUGUCAUAAAACUAAAUAGAAUCAUUUUAAACUCACUGAACUUUCUUGUAUCAAUGUUUGAUCUUCUUUCAGGAUUGUGGCGACAAUGUAAAACUUCUGCCUAGCUCAAGACCUAGUUCCCUCUAUGUGCCGAGGGGAGAAAAAUUGUCACCAGCCAGAAGAUCUUUAUCAGCUGAUGCUGAACCUCAGGUAUGGCUUGAACAUGAGUCUUGCGGCGGUGGUCAUCAAGGCAGCGAUGAUGAAAGCACUCCCUUGGUUGGUGCCUCUCCCCUUGUCUCGCCUCUUACUCCAGUACCUCCAAUGGUCAUCACUGUCUCUAGGGCACCAUCUACCAUCUCCCGGCAGGUUCCUUUUCUUGACCCAGAUCCAGAAACAACUCUCUAGUCAUUCUCUCUGUCCCUAACUACUCAAAUACUUUUUUAUGUUCAUAAUCUCUUUAAUGGUACACAUUUAUAUUUUCUAAAGUUUUUUUUAGAGAAUUCUGAUCGCUAUCAGUUAUCAUUAACUUAUGCAUUUAUUUAUCAUAAUCUUUUUCUCUCUAAAUAACUACUGAAACUAAUAAAAUGUUAUAAUUUUUAUUUUUUGUCAUAUUUUUAUUGCAUGACCAUUUCUCCAUGUAUUAGUUGAAUUCAGUUAAUCUUAUAAUUUAUUGAAUGGUGAUGAAAUCAAUUCUUGAUUAAAAUUUGUUUAAAAAUAAAUCAUAUAAUGAUAGCUGUAAGGGUAAUGGAUUCCAAAUUAAAUUGAUUUAUUUUUGUAAUUUUGCAGGUCAGGUUAUUCAAUUAACAAAAGUUGUUCUGGUUUUUUUUUUUUUUUGAAGUGUCGCUAUGCCUAAUUAAUUAUGAUGAUUAAUUACCAUGGUUAAUCAUGAUAAUUAGGUAGAUUUUCAUGUUGUCUAUAAAUAAAAUAUCUUGAUGACUUAAUGAAACUUAAAAAUGUACCCAUGUGGAAAGUUAUAUUUAAAGUUUAAAUCAUAAUGAACUUCCACUUAUCACACAAUUGCAAUAAAGUUGCUGAUUACUGAAAUUUUUCUAUUAUAAAACAAAUUUAGGAGAUAAAAACUAUUUUGCACAUAGAACAUUAAAUUUUCUUUGGAAAACAGAAAAAAAAAUUAAGUAUAUAGUAGUGGGUAAAGCAGAUUUCUCUAUGUAAAAUCCACUGAUUUUCGUCCACAAUAAUGUGAUUUUCAAAGGCAUACUUUGAAUCUUGGUUUGAUAUGAGCUUUAUAGUUCCAUGUAACAUAAUUAAAAUUUAAAAGUAAAAAAAAAAAUCAAUUAGUUGCUAUUUAGUGUUAAAUUUAACCAAGAAUACUAUAGGCUCUUAAUGUGCUAUUGCUGAGAUGGUUAUUUUAUAUUUUGAUUAUUAUUUAUUAAACAAUGUAACUGAAAAUUAUUCAACCUGUUUUCUCAAAAUGGCAUCUAAUGGAGGGAUCAGAUUAGUUUAUUUCCUAUUUACUGAAGGCAUACGUUAUGUUUAAUGUCUAAUCAUUCAAUUUUAUUGUUGUUGUUAUUUAUAUAAUAUAGGAUUUCAUUAUAUAUUAUAUAUUUGUACUUACAAUUAAAUUAGCAUAUUACUGUAGUAUUAAGGUUCAGAAAUGGUGCUUUUUAUUUGUGAUAAUACUGCUCUUUAAUACACAUUCAGUAUUAGAAAGAUGAUGAAAGGUAACCCUGGCAUGGCUGUUGAAAUAUUUUCCAUCUUAAAAGCUUGCCAAAUAAUUCAAAUUUUAUAAUUAUUUCUUUAUAUAUUUUAUGAAUUUGUCACUUACAUACCUCUUUUACAUUCCUUUAUGAAAUUAUAUUACAAACACUAGUUUCUAUUUUUAUUUAUUAUUAUUUUCUUUCAGGUACAUUUUUUAACAAGAGAUGUAUAAAUGUUUUGUUGUAAAAAAUUUUUAUUAAUUUUUUCCAGAUCAAUUCGUUAAAUUUUUACUAAAUAUAGAUUUUUAACUAAUUAUUAACAAUUUUAAGAUUUUAAAUUUAGAUAACAUUAAUAUUUCAGAAUAUUAAAAUAAAAAUAAUUAUAAUAUCUUUUUAGUCACAAUUUUUCUGUUAAGGCAUUAUGUAAUACAAUUAAUUAUUGAAGUAGAAAUUCAAAUCCUUACUAAACCUUAUUUAUUAGCAUUUCUGUGCUGUUUUAAAUUUAUAUCGCUUCUGUUUAUGUGAUUUAUAGAUUAUCUAAUCUUCAAAGCAUGAUUGAUCAAUAAUGAAUCAUGAAUUCAUUUAAGAAAAAUCAAUUUAUUUCUCUUAAUUUAGAUUGUUUUGGGUCUUUUUUACUGAGCUACUGCAAAUCACUUUUAAAUAAAAACAUAUGAUUAUCAUUUAAGUUUUUUUAACUCCUACUGAUAGGGUUAUUUAUUAUGUACGUAGUCUAUUUAUAAUACGUGUUUAGAUACUAAUAAAAAUGAAUGAAAUUUUGCAAUUAUCUGUCACAUUCCAGAGUGAAAAAACGUGCUUCAGUUACUCCAUAAAGCACGAAUAUUGUACAUAUUUAUUUUUUUAUUUGAAAAUUAGGUUAUAACUAUGUAAUGAUAGUUAUUAAAAAUUAUGUAAAUUGUGACAAAGAAAUCAUAUGUUUUUAUAGAAAAUUGAUUUACAGUAACAAAAUAAAAAAUACUCUUUGUUUUUAAAUAGAUACUACAAAUGCUAAAACAUAAACUGUUAUUAAAUAAAACUUAAAAAACUGUUAAAUUCUUGAUGUUUCCAUAGAUUGUUAUUCAUAUAUAACAAUUAAACCAGAUGUGAUUAUGUAAUCCAAAGAGUGAUUUGUGAUUGGUGGUUAUUGUUAAUGUAAAUGAAGCAGUAUUAUUAUUUUUUUAGAAAAAAAAACUUUAUUUUAUUAUUUAGUUUAGACCUGAAUGGAUGUAAUAUUUUAUUGAAUUUAUUAUGUAUACCUGUAUAAUAACAUAAAAUAUAUUGUUGUUGCGAGAAAAAUUGCAAAAAAAAAAAAAAAAAAAAUGAUACUGCGUGUACUCAUAAUUUUCAUGAUGGCGAGA